UUUAUUGGCGAAGCAAGACAAAGACCAAAAUGGAACAGAAAUAGAAUUGACCAAGUAAAAUGCUCUUACAAUUUUGGUGGGACAUGGGAAAGUCACAAUUUCACAACGGUUCUAGCUUUGUUCGCGCAUGUUAGUUAUGCUUUGCCACCUUAUUAUAUGCCACUUUCUUCUCUUCCAUUCUUACUCAUCAAACACCACACACACACACACACUCCUUCUCUUUCUUCUUCUUCUUCUUUCGUAUUUGUUCUUCUCUUCUGUGUGUUAGUUUUUGGUUGAGUGGCAAGUAACGAUGACGGACAUCACUGACGACAUAGCGGAGGAAAUCUCAUUCCAUCUCUUCGAUGAUGACUGUAGAUUGUUGGGAAACCUUCUCAAAGACAUUUUGCAGAGAGAGGUUGGCACCACCUUCGUUGACAAGCUUGAAAAAAUUCGAGUCCUUUCACAGAGUGCUUGUAAUAUGAGACAGGCAGGGAUUGAGGACAUGGCUGAGCUACUGGAAAAACAAUUGGCUUCAGAGUUGUCCAAGAUGACACUAGAAGAAGCUCUAACACUUGCUCGUGCCUUUAGCCAUCAUCUUACUUUGAUGGGUAUAGCUGAAACCCACCAUAGGGUUCGUAAAGGAGGAAAUUUGGCUUAUGUUGCAAAAUCUUGCGAUGAUAUCUUUAACCAGUUGUUGCAAGCUGGUGUUUCUCCUGAUGAUCUUUAUAGCACAGUUUGCAAGCAGGAGGUGGAAAUCGUUCUCACAGCUCAUCCGACUCAAAUUAAUCGCCGUACCUUGCAAUACAAACACAUUAAAAUUGCUCAUCUUUUAGAUUAUAAUGAUCGACCUGAUCUUGGCCCUGAAGAUCGAGAUAUGGUUAUCGAAGAUCUGGUAAGAGAGAUAACUUCAAUAUGGCAGACAGAUGAGCUUAGGCGCGAGAAACCCACACCAGUUGAUGAAGCCAGGGCUGGAUUGAAUAUUGUGGAGCAAUCACUCUGGAAAGCUGUUCCUCAUUAUUUACGUCGAGUUAGCAGCGCUUUAAAGAAGCACACGGGAAAACCACUUCCAUUGACUUGCACUCCCAUUAAGUUUGGAUCUUGGAUGGGAGGUGAUAGAGACGGAAACCCAAAUGUGACAGCAAAGGUCACAAAAGAUGUUUCACUUCUAUCAAGAUGGAUGGCAAUUGACCUCUAUGUUCGGGAAGUGGAUAGCAUGAGAUUUGAGUUAUCCAUGAACCGGUGUAGCGAUAAGCUGUUAAGACUAGCACAUGAAAUUCUAGAAGAAACUAACAAUGAGGAGGAUCGCCGUGAACAUUGGAAUGAAUCUGUGAGUAGAAGUCAAUUCAAAAGUCCUAAUCAACAAGCUUUACCAUUUCCAACUAAACUUCCAUCUGGAGCUCAUUUACCCUCUUGUGCUGAAAAGGGUGGAUCUGAGCAUCCCAGACUCAUGCCAGGAGCUGAUCAAAAGAAACCCAAUCACAAGGAUGGUGGGAUUUCAAGUUCAACUGAGAGCAAUAGUGGCAAUCGCAAUGUUCGUUCAUCAAUACCAAUUUCACCAAGUUCCAGUGCUACUUCAUUAGCUUCAAUGACACGCUCUCCUUCUUUCAACUCUAGUCAACUUCAUGCUCAGAGGAAAUUGUUUGCAGAAUCCCAGAUAGGAAGAACCAGUUUUCAGAAGCUUUUGGAGCCAAAGCUCCCUCAGUUUCCUGGAAUUGCUCCUUAUAGAGUUGUUCUUGGACAUGUAAAAGAUAAGCUUGUUAAAACUCGUAGAUGGUUGGAGCUUCUUAUUGAGGAUGGUCCAUGUGAGCAUAAUCCUAUGGAUUAUUAUGAAACAACAGAGCAACUUUUGGAACCUCUGCUUCUUUGUUAUGAAUCUCUGCAAUCAUGUGGAUCUGGGGUGCUAGCUGAUGGUCGACUUGCUGAUAUAAUUCGAAGAGUUGCUACCUUUGGCAUGGUGUUAAUGAAGCUUGAUUUGCGUCAAGAAUCUGGCAGACAUGCUGAAACACUAGAUGCAAUUACAAGGUAUUUGGAUAUUGGUAAAUACAGUGAAUGGGAUGAAGAAAAGAAACUGGACUUCUUAACUAAAGAGUUGAAAGGGAAGAGGCCACUGGUUCCAGUUAGUAUAGAGGUUUCUCCAGAUGUUAGAGAAGUGUUGGAUACGUUCCGAACUGCGGCUGAGCUAGGGAGUGAUUCAUUUGGUGCCUAUGUGAUCUCUAUGGCCUCAAAUGCAAGUGAUGUUCUUGCAGUAGAGCUUUUGCAGAAGGAUGCACGACUUGCUGUUAGUGGGGAGUUAGGAAGAGCAUGUCCUGGUGGAACGUUGCGGGUGGUUCCUCUAUUUGAAACUGUGAAGGACCUGAGAGGAGCUGGUUCAGUUAUCAGAAAGCUUUUGUCAAUAGAUUGGUACCGCCAACACGUCAUUAAAAACCAUAAUGGGCAUCAAGAGGUUAUGGUUGGGUAUUCUGAUUCUGGUAAAGAUGCUGGGCGCUUUACUGCUGCUUGGGAACUCUACAAAGCUCAGGAGGAUGUUGUGGCUGCAUGCAAGGAAUAUGGUAUUAAGGUUACUCUCUUCCAUGGCCGUGGAGGGAGUAUUGGCCGUGGUGGUGGCCCAACAUAUCUGGCUAUUCAGUCUCAACCACCCGGCUCUGUGAUGGGAACCCUUCGUUCAACUGAGCAAGGAGAGAUGGUGCAGGCCAAGUUUGGCCUGCCACAGACAGCUGUUAGACAGCUUGAGAUAUACACAACAGCUGUGCUACUUGCUACCCUUCGUCCACCUCUCCCGCCAAGAGAAGAAAAAUGGCGCAAUCUCAUGGAAGAUAUCUCAAAGAUCAGUUGCCAGUGUUACCGCAAUGUAGUAUAUGAAAAUCCAGAAUUCCUGUCCUACUUCCAUGAAGCCACACCUCAAGCAGAGCUAGGCUUCCUCAACAUAGGCAGCCGCCCCACAAGGCGAAAGAGCACGACCGGAAUUGGCCACCUUCGUGCCAUUCCGUGGGUGUUUGCAUGGACUCAAACCAGGUUUGUCCUUCCAGCCUGGCUUGGAGUUGGAGCAGGCUUGCAAGGUGUUAUUGAGAAAGGACAAAGUGAUGAGCUAAAGGCCAUGUACAAAGAGUGGCCUUUCUUUCAAAGCACAAUAGACUUGAUUGAGAUGGUUUUGGGAAAAGCAGAUAUUCCUAUUGCUAAGCACUAUGAUGAAGUUCUUGUCUCACAGCAGAGGCAAGAACUUGGAACUCAACUGAGGAAUGAGCUCAUCACAACUGGCAAGUUUGUGCUAGUGGUUAGUGGCCAUGAGAAGCCUCAGGAGAAUAACAAGAGCCUAAGGAGGCUUAUUGAGAGUAGACUUCCCUUUCUCAAUCCCAUGAAUAUGUUGCAAGUAGAGAUACUCAAGAGGCUAAGAUGUGAUGAUGACAACCUUAAAGCCAGAGAUGCCUUGCUUAUCACCAUAAAUGGUAUUGCUGCAGGGAUGAGGAACACUGGUUAAGUUCUCAACAACUUAAUUAUAUGCAAUUUUCACUCAUUCUGUAUGUUGUUAACUUGGUCCUUUACACUUUCCCAUGUUUAUAGGAUUAUGUAUAUGCUAAUGAAAGAUUAAUGUUGCCAAAAAGCCUUAGUCAAAUUCUUUUUUUUCUACACAUAGACAUGAUUAACAUAAUUUC